GAAGAGAGCAAAAUGUCUAAUUUAGGGCAGGAUUCUCCUGACAGAGCAAGCAUUGUCAAUCUUCCAAGCCAUUGCUUGAUGGAAGAAAUGGAUCUCGAGGAUUUCAGCGUUGGAAUCUCUUCAAAACCUGAUGAUAAAGGACAAGAAGCAAAAACAUUGAACUUUUUGGACCACAUGGCUAAUUCAUCAGAGAGUUCAAGACCAAAUGUUAGGGCAUCUAUAUCAGAUGUGAAAUCUUCAGAUUUCUUACUAGGCAGCUUUGGUUCCAAGGAAGACAACAUUGACAGUACAGAUCUCAGGAUCCCUUUCAGCUAUGAAAUACAGCAGUCUGUUCCUAAGGCGAGUGGGUCAGGAUUGAACGAUCAACAACAAGAAGAAUGUGCAGCCAAAGAGGUCCAUUUAACAGAUGAUAAACAUAAAGUGCCUGAGCUGCCAAAAUUUCCAUACUGCGCUUCACAUAUUGCAUUGUACUUGCAAGAGAAUUAUGUGCUGACAGCUAUUCCUCCCUUAUUCUUUCAGCGCCUCCAAGUAUUAGAUUUGUCCCAUACUAGCAUCAAAUCUUUGCCAAAAUCUCUUCCCAAGUUGAUUGCACUGAAAAAACUAUUGCUAAAAGGUUGUGAUCUCUUCAUGGAACUAUCACCUCAGGUUGGGGAACUCAAAAAUCUUGAGGAACUUGAUCUUGAUGAAACACAGAUCAUGGAUCUGCCCCGAGAGAUUGGAAAACUAUUCAAGUUAAAACAGUUGAAAGUUUCAUUUUAUCAUUUAUCUGGCGGAAAGAAGUCAAAAUCAAACAUUUUGAUUCACUCUGAAACGAUAUCAAACCUCUCUCAACAACUUGCUGAGUUAAGCAUUGAUGUGAAUCCGGGAGACCCGAGAUGGGAUGAUUCUGUGGAAGCUGUUGUGAAGGAAGUAUGCAACUCAAAAACAUUGAGAGCUCUUAGCUUGUACCUGCCAGAAUUCCAAUUUCUAGAUAGUACAUCAUUGAUAUAUCCUUGCUUGUCACGCUUUAGAUUUACUGUGGGCCGUCCUAAAAGGAGAAUCAUAUCUCGUGUAUCUGAUGAAGUUGAAGCAGAAUUCAGAAAUUGGGACAAAUGCUUGAAGUUUGUGAAUGGUGAAAAUAUCCCGAUUGCAAUAAAAGGGGUACUGAAAUAUUCUAUUUCAUUUUUCUUGGACUGCCAUGCAACUGCAAUGAAUCUUUCUGAAUUUGGGAUUGAGAAUAUGAAGGGGCUAAAAUUUUGCUUGUUGGCAGAAUGUAAUAAAAUGGAAACCCUUUUUGAUGGAGAGAUUCAUUAUGGAAGAAAUGAAGACGACCAAUCUGAAUCUGAACCCGAUUGUGUAGAACCUGUGCUUGACUCCCUAGAGUAUUUGAGCAUUUAUUACAUGGAGAACUUACAAAUUAUUUGGAGAGGACCAAAUCGAUUUGGAUGUAUGUCUAAGUUGAAAUUCUUAGCACUGCAUACAUGCCCCCAGCUGAGUAAAAUUUUUAGUCCUGCUUUGCUUGAAAAUUUUGUCAACUUGGAGGAGAUAAUUCUUGAGGACUGCCCCCUAGUCACAAGCCUCGUAAGUCAUACAUCUACCAAGCCAAUGAUCUCAGAUAAAAUAUUUCUCCCGAGUUUGAAAAGAUUACUGCUUCUUUACCUCCCUGAACUUGUCAGCGUUUCUAAUGGCUUACUAAUAGCACCAAAAUUAGAAAUCAUAGGAUUUUACGAUUGUCCAAAGCUUACAAGUCUAUCAAAAAUGGAAUUGUCGAGCAAAACUUUGAAAAUAAUCAAAGGAGAAUGUCAGUGGUGGGAAGAUAUGAAUUGGAACGGAGUUGAGUGGGGAAGUCGGCCUGAUUAUCUGAUGGGUAUCUUUUCCCCUAUUGAUAAUGAGAAAGAUGUGAUGACCCAAUUUGUAGAAGAUAGAGAUCUACUUGGAGCAACCAUACAAAAUGAAGGCCAACAACAAGAGUGUGGAAAUCAGCCAGAUUAUCUGAUACCUAUGUUUUCCCCAUCCGAUAAUGAGAAAGAUGUGAUGACCCCAUUGGCAGAAGAUAGAGGUCUACUUGAAACCACCAUAGACAAUGAAGACCAACAACGAGAGCGGAAAUAUCCAUAUUAUCCUAUGGAUAUCUGUUCUCCCAUCAAUAAUGAGAAAGAUAUGAUGACUCCGUUAGUAGAAGAUAGUGAUCUACUUGAAACCACAAUAGAAUAUGAGGGCCAACAACCAGGCUGGCAAACUGGAAUCCACGAAGGUGCAGUUGAUUGGGAUGAAGAUUGGGAUAAGUUUGAAGAUGAAGAUAAUGAGGAAGAUGAGAUUUCCCAAUUGCUCAACCUUCUACCCGUAGAAAACGAAGGCCAACAAGAAGUGAGUCCUCAAGCGAAGAGAAGCAAAUUACGUGCAUGAAUUCCACUUCAUCGUCCUCUUCUUCUCUAACUGAUACAUGUUCCCGCAAGGCUCUAACUCGAACUCCGGUGCUUGUCGAAGCUCCAAUUGUGUCUC